AAGUGACCAAUGACUUGCUAGGAUGGUUUGGGCGGCUGACCAAUUAUGAGGUCUAGCACCCGGAAAUGGUUGCUAGCUCUGAAGCCUAGCUCGGCAGCAGUGAGUUGGGCUCCGCACGUGUGAUAGCAACUGCACGCGGGAGGGGUCCGGCGUGGGUCGGAUUUGAAGUCUCGCACGGGUGUGGCCGUGUAACUUUUAGAUUUUGAGUAGGGGGGCCGUUUGUGGGAAGAAUUCACACUGCUGCUCAGACCCUGUGUGUGUGGACUCCCUCUGAUGGUGGCUUCCAGCGAGUAGCGUCUCCAGGAAGCCGCUCGCGCCGCGGGAGCAUGAAUCUCUUACCUAAGAGCUCCAAGGAGUUCGGCUCCGCAGACUACUGGGAGAAGUUCUUCCAGCAGCGGGGAAAAAGAGCGUUCGAGUGGUAUGGCACCUAUCUCGAGCUGUGCGGGGUGUUGCACAAGUAUAUCAAGCCCCGAGAGAAGGUGCUGGUGAUCGGGUGCGGCAAUUCGGAGCUCAGCGAGCAGCUGUACGACGUGGGCUAUCAGGACAUAGUGAACAUCGACAUUAGUGAGGCCGUCAUCAGGCAGAUGAAGGAACGCAAUGGCGGCCGCCGGCCACAGAUGAGCUUCUUGAAGAUGGACAUGACGCAGAUGGAGUUCCCCGAUGCCUCAUUCCAGGUGGUGUUGGACAAGGGCACCUUGGACGCUGUCCUGACAGAUGAGGAGGACAAGACCCUGCAGCAGGUGGACAGGAUGCUGGCUGAGGUUGGCCGUGUCCUGCAGGUGGGCGGUCGCUACCUCUGCAUCUCCCUGGCUCAGGCUCACGUCCUGAAGAAAGCAGUGGGUCACUUCUCUCGGGAGGGGUGGAUGGUGAGGGUGCACCAAGUGGCCAACAGCCAGGACCAGGUGUUGGAAGCAGAGCCUCGGUUCUCCCUGCCUGUCUUUGCCUUCAUCAUGACCAAGUUCAGGCCCGUCCCCAGCUCCGUCCUCCAGAUCUUUGAGCUGUGUGCUCAGGAGCAGGGCAAGCCAGUGCGGCUGGAGAGUGCCGAGCGCCUGGCCGAGGCGGUGCGGGAGCGGCAGCAGUAUGCCUGGCUGUGCAGCCAGCUGCGCCGCAAGGCCGGGCUGGGGAGUGUGUCUCUGGACUUGUGUGAUGGGGACACGGGCGAGCCACGCUACACCCUCCACGUGGUGGACAGCCCCACUGUGAAACCAUCGCGGGACAAUCAUUUUGCCAUUUUCAUCAUUCCCCAGGGCCGGGAGACAGAGUGGCUCUUUGGCAUGGAGGAGGGCCGGAAGCAGCUGGCGGCCAGUGCUGGCUUCAGAAGGCUGAUCACAGUGGCCCUUCACCGAGGCCAGCAGUAUGAAGGCAUGGACAGUGUUCAGGCAGAGCUGUCGGCCAGAGUCAUGGAGCUGGCCCCAGCCGGGAUGCCCACCCAGCAGCAGGUGCCCUUUCUGUCCGUGGGUGGGGACAUCGGGGUCCGCACCGUUCGGCACCGAGACUGCAGCCCAUUGAGUGGGGACUACGUCAUCGAGGACGUGCAGGGAGACGACAAGCGAUCCUUCCGACGGCUCAUCUUCCUCAGUAACAGGAACGUGGUGCAGUCAGAAGCCAGGCUGCUGAAGGAUGUGCCGCACCGAGCCCAGAAGAAGCGGAAAAAGGACAGGAAGAAGCAGCGGUCUGCUGAUAGCCCCGAGGACCUUCCCACGGCCCCAGGACAGUCCAUUGAUAAAAGUUACCUGUGCUGCGAACACCAUAAAGCUAUGAUCGCGGGCCUUGCCCUGCUGAGAAACCCGGAGCUGCUCCUAGAGACCCCAUUGGCCUUGCUGGUGGUGGGCCUAGGCGGGGGCAGCCUCCCCCUCUUUGUCCACGAUCAUUUCCCAGCAUCCUGCAUCGAGGCUGUGGAGAUCGACCCCUCCAUGUUGGAAGUGGCAACCCAGUGGUUCGGCUUCUCCCAGAGCGAGCGGAUGAAGGUGCACAUUGCGGACGGCCUGGACUACAUUACCAGCCUGGCAGGGGGAGGAGAAGGUACUGCUGCUGGAGCGUCGGGAGAUCACCCUCGCUAUGAUGUUGUAAUGUUCGACGUGGACAGUAAGGACCCAACUCUGGGGAUGAGUUGUCCACCACCAGCGUUCGUGGACCAGGCUUUCCUGCAGAAGGUCAGAAGCAUCUUGUCUCCCGAAGGUGUCUUUAUCCUCAACCUCGUGUGCCGAGACGCAGCGUUGAAGGACUCGGUGCUGGCUGGGCUCAAGGCCGUGUUCCCCCUCCUGUAUGUCCGGCGCAUCGAAGGUGAAGUGAACGAGAUUCUGUUCUGCCAGCUGCACCCUGCGCAGAAACGCACCACGCCAGAGCUUCUGGAAUUGGCCCGGGCCUUGGAGCAGACCUUGCGGAAGCCUGGGAGGGGUUGGGAUGACACAUAUGUCCUGUCAGACAUGCUCGAGACCGUGAGGAUUGUGUGAUUGCUGAGGCCAGGCAGUCCUCUCUGCUUCUUGCCCAUCGGACGUUGAAGAAACACAAUACAUAGUACUUUAAAAAAAAAUUUUUUUUAAAGGUUUUUGCCAUAGGGUGCGUGUGCUUGCCAGAGAGAGACAGAGAGACAGUGGGGGUGGGGAGUGAGAAAUCACCCCCUGGGGGAUGGCCAUGCUGCAGUCCCUUCUCCUCUCAGGAUUUUGGAAAUGCACGAACACGGCCUGAAAUUCAAGCUGCCAGGUCUGGGACUCGAACCAUGUGUUAACCAUGUGGGAGGCCACGUGUUCACCAUCACACUGCCUGCUCACCCCAACAUGCAGCACUUUUUAAGCCUUAUGUUCUCAGUUUCACGCUCAGCUACGUGACCUCCCACUUGGUGAGGUAGCCUGGGAGGUCUGGGGAAAUAAAAAAGUCCUUCCCACUGUG